AUGUCUGAAGAUUUGUCUGAAGCAGUCUCAUUUGCUAAUGGUUAUUUUGCAUUAGCUGACGGUUUGAUUGAUGACUUGGCUAAUUAUUUAGCUGAGGACGUUAUUUUAGAUUGGUUUGGACAGACAAUUAAAGGCCGAAAAAAUGUAUCAGCAUUUAUGAAGUUCCAAAAUGUUAAUUCAAGACACAUUAUUGAUGAAAUAAAUCCCAGUACUACAAUCGAGUACCGCAAAAUUCGUCCACUAAGAAGAAAAUAUUAUUCAAUGGGUGGUUGUGCGAAUAAAACACUUGGAGAUGAUAAUGAAGAUGACAAUGGCAUUAGGUACAAGAGAAAAUGUUAUUCUGAAGGAAAAAUGGACACAAGUGCUGACGAAACAGAUGAAAUGGAUGUUGAAUCUGAGAGUGCUGAUUUUAGCAAAGCUUCUGUGGGAUUACAAAAUUACUGUCAUAAAUUAACAUUGGCUUUAAAAAAUCUAAACUUGGAGAAAUUGAAAUUAGAUUCACACUCAACACCGACUUCAAAGCCGUCUGAGCAAGCUGACAAUGUCAGUGACGAUGAUGAUGACGAUAAUUACUACAAUAAAUCAAAGUUGAAUGAUAGCUAUUCAACGGAGCAGUUUUUAAGCAAAUUAGAAUCACAGCCGACUAAUUUUGAUGAAAUAGAACAGAAAAUAAAUUAUUUCAAUGAAACAAACAAUGCUGGAUUUAAAAACGAGCAUGGACAAGGAGACGGACCAAUGAAUGAAAGUGUUAAUCCGAUGAAAUAUGUCGAAGUCUGUGGUGUUAUAAAAUCGGCGCGGUUUUUCAGCGCCAAACAAAUACGGAAAGAUCUACGUCAGCGUCAGUGCCGACUCCAAAUAGCUUAUUCAAACAGAGACACAAAUUCCAAUUCAUCUGCUAAAACUGAAUCAAUACAAACAAAGAAGACUGAAGUUGAUAACGUAGAGUCGACCAGUGCAAUGCUGGCUGAUGACGUUAAUAGAAAUUGUUAUAGUAGUAGUAAUAGUAAUAGUAAAUUACUAAGUUUACAAGAGAUUAGAGAAUUAGGUAACAAACUAGUCCCCCAUGAUGAAAAUGCUAAUUAUUCAGAUAAUGACGAAGACUGUUAUUAUAAUAAUGAUCGGAAUAAAUUUCUACGAUGUCUGGAGCUCCAGAUUACCGAUAACGACGUCAAGGUCAAUGAGAAUGAUUUUGUUACGCCUAACUAUAAAAGACAGGAAUUGACACUUGAUAACAGCCCCAAGAGACUGUUUAAUGAAACUCAAACCGGUCAUGGUUUUGUAUUUAAUUACAUUAUACAUCUUAUUAUUUAUGAAAGUAAUACCAAAUGUAGGCUCAAUCUUUCUUACGAAUUUGAUGGUUAA